AUGACGGACUUUCUCGCGACCGAACAAGCUGCGUACCCGGACAUUGCGCCGCGCUAUCAGCAGCUGAAAGAUCUCCACGCGCGCAAGCUCUACCAUGAACUUACUGGCGCGCUCGAGGCGUUCGUGCGCGACCCGAUGACGCACAAGUACCCGCUGAACCUGGUGAAGCUGUACCAGGAGUUCAUUCGCACGUUCCAGGACAAACUGAACCAGAUCCGACUCGUGAGCAUCUGCAGUGAAAUUAGUACCCAAUUUGCCGAUCCUGCCAAGGCACAAGCGUUCAUGGAGCAGCUGCUCGGUCAAUUGAGCAACAAGACAGCACACGAAGCUGUGCUGCUCUGUACCAUGCAGAUUGCGCUGCUCAAAUUCCGUCGUGGCGUGGACUUUCUUGCGGAAGUAAAAGCCACAAUCGAUGAGAACAAGCACGUGAUUGAAAGUCUCGUGGGUGCAGAGCCCAUUGUACACGCUGCGUACUACCGCGUGGCGUGCGACUACUACAGCGCGUUGGGUCCGGCUGACAAGUUUUACAAGAACGCUCUCAUGUUUUUGGCGUACACGCAGUACGACGACAUGCGUCCCGAAGAGCGUUUCGAUCUGGCUGUGAACAUUAGCAUUGCGGCGCUCACUGGCGACGGCGUGUUUAACUUUGGCGAAGUGCUGGCGACCCCGAUUCUCCGUGCGUUGGAGAACACGGACAAGCAGUGGCUCUCGGAUCUCUUGCACGCGUUCAACAAGGGUGACAUUGACCAGUUCAACGAAAUUGUAGGGCAGAACAGCAAGGAGUUCAACGCACAGCCGGCGCUGGUGACCAAGCAAGAGUACGUAAAGGAGAAGGUGGCUCUCUUGGCACUGAUGGUGCUGGUGUUCCAGCGUCCGUCGCACGAGCGCAACAUUCCGUUCCGUGAGAUUGCCGAAGCGACGCGCUUGCCACUGGAUCAAGUCGAGUGGGUCGUGAUGCGCGCCCUGUCGUGCAAGCUGAUCAAGGGCUCGAUUGACCAGGUGGACGGCAUCGUGCGGGUGACAUGGGUGCAGCCACGCGUGCUGGAUAACGCGCAGCUCCAGGAGCUCGUGACGCGCCUCGACAGCUGGGAGAAGAAGGUGAACUCGACUCUGCUGUACGUGGAAGAGCAGACACCGGAGCUCUUUCAGUAG